AUGGCUGUGCCCGAGUUGGAGGGCCGAGCUCUUCUGCUCACUGUGACGGCAUUGACGUCUCUGGGUUUCAUGUUGAUUGGAUACGACAAUGGCCUCAUGGGCGGACUGGUCAAUUCUCCCGCCUUCGGCAGCUCGUUCGAUUACCCGGACUCCAAGAUGAUUGGGGUCAUUGUUGCCAUUUUCGAAGUGGGAUGCUUCCUCGGUUCAAUCCUCUCGGCCAUCUUUGGCGAAAGACUCGGCCGCCGAACGACCAUCGGACAUGGUUGUUGGAUCAUGAUUGUCGGUGCCGUCUUGCAGGCGUCCUCUUAUGGCAGAGCCCAGCUCAUUGUCGGCCGAAUCGUAUCCGGCCUCGGGCUGGGCAUCAUCAACUCGACAGUUCCUGUUUUACAAGCCGAGUUUAGCCCCAAGGCCACUCGGGGAGUCUAUGUCUGCGCCCAGUUGUCAACCCUCAACUUUGGCAUCUUCCUCGUCUACUGGAUCGAUUACGCAUUCUCCUCCCAUACGAGCAGCUACGCUUGGCGGGUCCCGGUUAUUCUGCAAUGUGUAUGUAUCCUGCCAAUGUUGGGAAUUUUGAUGCUCAUCCCGGAGACGCCGAGGUGGCUGGCAUCUCACGACCGGCCGGAUGAUUGCCUCCAAGUUCUCGCUAGAAUGAAAUCCUCCUCCAUCAACGACCCCGAGGUGCAGCGGCAACAUCAUAAUAUUUUGCAGGUUGUCGCCUUCGAGGCUUCGAUUGGUACAGGCUCGUGGAAGGACUUGUUGUCAAACGAUCGUGUCAAGUCCCAGACCCGGUUGCUGAUUGCUUGCUCCAUUCAAGCUUUCCAGCAGCUUGGUGGAAUCAAUGCGGUUAUUUAUUAUACAAACACGCUGUUUUCCAAGAGCAUCGGUUUUGAUGAGAGAAUGUCCGCACUCAUGUCUGGUUUUCUACAGACCUGGUUCUUUGUGGCAUCUUUUAUUCCUUGGUUCUUGAUUGACAGAAUCGGACGAAAGCCUUUGUUCGUGUCAAUGAUUAGCUUGAUGGCAGCCGCCAUGGCUGUGCAAGCCGGCCUUAUUUACCAGGUGCAGAACGAGACGAACAUUUCUCAUUCAGCGGGCAUUGGCGCCGCAGUGAUGCUUUUCGUAUUUCAAGGCGCAUUCACGAUUGGGUUCCAGGCCACGGUCUGGGUGUAUCCAUCCGAGAUUCUUCCCCUCCGGCUGCGUCAGAAGGGAUCUUCUAUUUCCACUGCAGCAAACUGGAUCUUCAAUUAUAUGGUUGUGCAAAUUACGCCCAUUGCCAUUGAGAAUAUCGGCUGGAAGACGUACAUCAUCUUCGCGAUUCUCAACGCGACUUGGGUGCCCAUCAUUUUCUUCUUCUUCCCAGAGACUAAAGGGCUGGAGUUGGAAGACGUUGAUCGAUUGUUCGCAGGAGACGAUGUAAUCGAGUCCGUGGGAGAAAAGUCGAUGGCAUUGGCUACGGUUGAACAUGUCGGUCGUACUGAUGGGACAAACGAACGUGUUUGA